AACACACUUGGAAAAUCAGUCCAGAUACCACAUACAGCAGAGCCAGAGGCACCAGGUGAAGCAGUACCUGACCCUUGACACCAAGCUGUCCAGCCAGAGCCUGUCCCUGUCCCACUCUCACACGAUCCAGCCGGUGGGAGUGAGCUCCAUUCUCAGGAACGGACACAUGCCUCCAGUGAGCAAUAUCGGCACUCCGGAGAGCCCUGUCACCAAGCUGCUGGCCCUUGGGGGAGAACACGAAAAUGCGAUGGAAGAGGUGAUUGAAGACAUAAUCAAUAUGGAAUCAAAUUUUAAUGAUGAAGGGAUAGGUUGUUCGGAAAGUCCCUUACUAAUGCAAAGAGCUCUAUCUAGCAGCAUUUUGGACAUAUAUAACAGUGACCAGGGAAUGGCACCAGCUAAUAUGGGUCUCACAAAUGCUUCUUGCCCAGCUAAUCUACCAGUAAAAAGGGAGCUCACAGCAGAUACAAGAGCAAUGGCAAAGGAGAGACAAAAGAAGGAUAACCACAAUCUCAUUGAGAGAAGAAGAAGGUAUAAUAUUAAUUACCGAAUCAAGGAGCUUGGAACACUCAUCCCCAAGUCUAAUGAUCCUGAUAUGCGCUGGAACAAAGGAACUAUUUUAAAAGCAUCGGUGGAGUACAUCAAGUGGCUACAAAAAGAACAACAGAGAGCCAGAGAAUUAGAACACAGGCAGAAGAAAUUAGAGCAUGCUAACAGAAGACUCCUACUCCGAAUUCAGGAACUGGAGAUCCAGGCACGAGCACAUGGCCUUCCAGUCAUGUCUUCMCUCAGUGCUGUGGAUUUAGCUGCACAGGUCAUCAAGCAACAGUCCUAUCCCGAGGAGAACUCUGUAGAUUACUCUCAACAAAUGCCUCUGGUACAUGGACAAAAUUCUGAGGUCUGUGAUGGAUCUACAGCCUUUUCCGAUCCCCUUUCGCACUUCACGGAUUUGUCCUUCAGCGCGGCUUUGAAAGAAGAACAACGACUGGAGGAAAUCUUACUGGAUGACACAGUGUCACCAUUUGGAACAGACCCACUCUUGUCCUCCACAUCCCCAGCUGCAUCCAAAGAGAGCAGCAGGAGAAGCAGCUUUAGCACAGAUGAUGGAGAUGAUUUAUAAAAGCAAAAAGGGUCUCAUGCUUCUCUAAACCACCUGCUAAAAGACUGAGUAAGCAUGGUGUUUGUUCUUAUUUUAAAUAAUUAUAAGGAGAGACACUGUGAAAAUCAAUUACUACGUGGCAAGGUUUAAAUCAGCCCUUACUUCACAGGAAAAUAAGAAGGACAUGAACUCACACCAUGCCCCAAAAUCAGCCUCUCUUCCCAGCCGACAUUUGCACAAAUCUCUCUUCAUUGGGAAUAUUUUUACUAUAAUUCCAUGAAUUUUUACAGUACUAAGAAAAUGGUUACCACAAAAGGAAUUCCCAUGUUACAGAACUGUGUUCAAACUCUUUUCGAUCUGCUUACACUUUUCUUUGCUACAAAUAUGAGUUUUAGUCAUUUGCUGAUUUCUUUAUUUUUUAAUAACUAAAAAUUCUACAAAAUGUGAAACAACAAAGAAUUUUUUUAAACUGGGAACUGUAUAGAUGUUACAGAUUUUAAAACAUAAACCAGCCAGAUAGGAAUGCUUUCACACAAGUAAGCAUGAUGUUUAAACUGUGUGGACUUCUCUUUAAAAUGAGAAUAUCCMUUAAACUUUCCGUGGAAUGCUAUUAGUUUUUAAUCUUUCAUUUGUAGAAAAAGAACACUCUUUUUAAUAUAUCUUUUCAUGACACAGAAGAAAAAUGGAAACUAACAUAAUGACUGAUUCAAAUGAACUCAAAGAUAAAGCAUUGCAGCAGCAAGUCUGUUUGGAUAUAUAAGAGAGAUCAGAAACUCCAUGUUAAAAUCAGCACAAUUUAAAACAAGCAUUACUUUUAACAGUGCUAAGUCAGCUGCUAAUUCCAAGAAUAUUCAAUGUGUCCUUUUUUAUGUGAAAGAGAUUGGAAUUCAGAGAUACAACACUGUGCUGUUGGAUGACACUUUCAGUGUCCUUUGAUGGCACAGUGAGGUUUUCCAAAGGGACUAUAUCCAUACGUGUGCUUUUAAUCCAUUYGGAAGUAGAGGAAAAUUACAAGAUUCCCAUUGUAUACAGUAGGAACAACAAUAAUUUAAUUUCAAAUUUGGCUUUGGAUUCACUGCAGAAAAGCUGUAAAGGAAGACUCGUCAAACUCAGAAACACUGAUGUGAUGCACCACAUCUCGUAACUAGCUUGCUAGGAGGGAGCAUUCAGAAAACUCACUUCUAUCCGUAGUGAAAUUCUGGAGAGUGAUGCAUGUUCCUGAAGAAUGCUGAGGGCAAUCAUUCCAAUUGUAAUAUUAAAACACAGGAAAAUAAACUGGAACAGGUUCCUCAUCACCCUUCCUCAAUCAAAGCCAAGAGAUAAUUCGGGAGCGGUUGAGGCAGCAACAAAACCUCAUGUAGUCAGUUGGUCACUGCCCUGCCAGAGGGACUGCAGAGAGAAUUGGAAGGGUGAAAUCUGGAAGACUCGUGGGUUGAGAUAAAGACAGUUUAAUAAGGGAAGCAAAAGCUGGAAAUUCAAGGAAAGCAAAACAGGGAAUUAACUUACUGCUUCCCAUGGGUAGGCAGGGGUUCAGCCACUUCUAGGAGAGCAGAGCCCCAUCACAAGUAGCAGUGACUUGCAAAAUCAAACACCAUCACUCCAAAYGCCUCCCCUUCCUCCUUCUUCCCCCCACUUCAUAUACUGAACAGGACUGGAUAUGGUCUGGAACAYUCCCUGGUUUGGUUUGGAUCACCUGUCCCAGCUCAGGAUCACCCAACCUCCCAUGCACCCCCAGCUUCCUUGCCAGUGUGUCAGUAUUAAAAGCAGAAAAGGCCUUGGCUCUGAGCAGGCCCUGUUUAACCACAACAAAAACAUCUUUGUGUUCAGUACAAAUCCAAAACACAAACCCAUACUAGCCACAGUGAAGAAAAUUAACUCUACCCCAGCUGAAACGACCACAGAAGUCCUGUAAUAAUUCAAAAUGUGAUUCCAAAAGUGUGUAUUAAUCUUGUUGUCACUGAGCCUGACUCACACUCCAGAAGCAUCACAGGUUUGGGAAUAGGAAGAUGAGAUUAAAGUGGAUUGCUCUUUGCAUGAACAUUUUAAUUUUUUUUAAACAUAUUAUCCAAAACUAGAGCAAUUGUUUCUUACUAUUACCUCUUUUAUUUUUUGCACCUGGGUCCUCCUAAGUCAUUGUGAGGUUUCUGUUGCUCCCAGGCCAUAGCACAUGCCUGAAUAACCCCAAUAGUGUCACAAUAGCUUCAUAAUUGGAAAAUUAGCAGCUGGAAAAUAAAUCRUAUCCAGAUGGCAAUGAAAGAUGAUGGUGUGUCCAAUUUCAAAAGAAUAUUUAUGCUUUUAGAAAUUUCAAGGUUUUCUUUGAGUGUGUACAAACUACUUGGAUGCCAGAUGACCUAUAAGUGCUCACCUGACCAUUAGAAGAGAUUUUGAAUCCCUCCACUUCAUGGCUAAAAAUAACAACAAGUAGGGUUCCAGUAAUUUUUUUUUGUUUUGAUUUGGUGUUUUUGUCACUCUUUUUAUUUGUUUGCUUGGUUUGGUUUUCCUUUGUAGCAUAUCAGAAAGACAAACAAGUAUUAACCAAAGACUGGAUAUAGGAUUGACCACCAUUUUAAUUGGGUUAAUUAAAAGAGGAAUUAUUUUGCUACAGUUUUGCCAAAGACAAUUGCUAAUAUUGACAUACAUAACAUGAUGAAUUAAAAGUAACAUUUAUGCCUAUAUUAUGUCUAGUGUAGUAUGAAUAUUGUCCAUUUUAGCUGAUGAAAGGAAGGGUUAUUUGGUUGAUAUCAAAUGCCAUUUGUCCUUGUACUGAAGUUUCUACUACAUUAGUUUUAAAUACACCAGUGUGGGUUGCUCAUAAUGGAGAAAGAGAAAUUAAAUAUGAAUGUAUUACAUGAUUUUCCCAUUGAACUUUUACAUGUGAGUUAGACCAUACUUCUGAACUAUAUUGACUUUAAAUAACAUCCUGAAUUUCAUCACUUUUAUAAGCACUGUUUUAAAAAAAUAUUAUAGUGCAUCCAUUAAAUUUUUUAAAGUUGAUUUUCAUUCUUCUGACAAUUGCUUCAGUCUAAAGCACCAGAAUUUUUCUCUCUUCUUGCAUGAGAAACUUAACCCAAGAUAGUCAAUAUUCUUUUUGCAAGGUACAGUAUUGCAUCUAUCAUUAAACAUAGUCAAGCUGUCUUCCUUCACACAAAACCCCCAGCCCCCUUAUCCAAAACACUAAAUGCAUCAAUGCCUGUAGGUAUUUAUUAUGGCAAUGGUAUUUCACCAACAUUACAUUUUUUCUAGUAUAAAGUCAUCAUAAUUACUAUUUCAGCUAAUAAUWAUAGCGUGGAUUACAGCUUCACCCUCGAAAUUAAAUGGUGGUGCAAAUUGUAAAACCAAUCUAGGACAUUCUGGGGAUUAAUAGGUGCUACUGCUACUGCAGGUGUUUAGGAGAUGCAUGUGCUGGAAGUUGUAUCCCAGACUUUCUGGAGUAAACACUCCCCCUCCCACCCCAGGCUCAGAGAUAGUGCUGUGAAGCUGAGAGGACUUUUAGGGCAGAGCCAAGUCCAGUCCUACCAGCUUGUGCAGAGGAAAGAGAUUUUAUAACUACAGGGACAAAUCCUGACAUUUUUCAUCAGGAAGAAUUUAUUUGCUGUCCAUGCAAGUUUUUUUGGGCUGAAAUGUGGUGCAAGCAAAAUACACUUUUUAGCUACUUCCAGCAGAGAUCUGUUUAGUGAAAUCUCAUGAAAGCUAUGCAUAAUAUGCCCGUAGGUCUGGGACUAGAAAAGAAUUUAAAGUCUUGCAGAUCUUGACCUCAAGCAGGGCAGGGGGUAGGAGAACUGGCUAUUUUUGUCCAGCUGUAUUAAAUGAGGAGCUAUUGCGUGUUUCCAGUAGCAGCUGUUCAAAGCUGGUGGACAUAUUCYUACAGAAUCCACAAAACAGUGGACUGAUAAUUACACAAAAGAAAAGGGAGUUGAAAUAUUAACAUCCKGUUUGAUUCAUGACACAGAUAUAGAUGCUAUACUAAGAACAGAAAACUAAAUUAUUUCAUUGUGCAUAGUGUGGAYAGUGUGAAAAGAUAAAGCAAAUGCAAACAAUUUUAACAAACAGGAACACAGUUGCUUUAUGUAAUAAAAUAACUAAAUAUAAUUCAGUUGCUUAAUCUUAAUAAGAACAUUGAUAUUAUAAUACUUUCUGAAUUUAAUAGGACUGUAUAUAUGAGUGGAGGAUGUAAAAUUAUUGUAAUUUAAAAUUAUGUUAAGUCUUUUAGAUAAGUAAAGGCAUUUACAUGG